AUGUCUCGCCCAUAUGAUCUAGUGUUAUUCGGAGCUUCCGGAUUUACCGGAGAAUACGUUCUGGAAACCUUUGUCAAAUCAGAAUAUCACAAGAAGCACACUCUGGCCAUUGCCGGAAGAAACCGCUCAAAAUUGGAGAAAUCGCUGGACAAAGUAGCGAAUUUAACUGGUAAGCGUGGUUAGAGUAAACUGCAGAUGGACUAAAGCAAAAAAAUUAAAUUUUGACUAUUUUCAGAGCAGAACCUAUCGCAUAUUCCCAUUCUAAUCGCUGACGCUUCGGAUUACCAAAGCUUGGUGGCCGUUACAAGCCAAACGAAAGUUGUGAUUACUGUAGUUGGACCGUUCUAUCAAAAUGGCGAAAAACUGAUCGAGGCUUGUCUAGAGGGGCAAAGCUCGUACGUGGACAUUACUGGAGAGCCUAUGGCAAGUUUGCAUGAAAUUUUUACAAACUCGGACCUGAUCAUGUGUCAAAAAAAUGCAUCCAAAAUGAGAAGAACGCAAAUGAAAUGUAUCCCAAAGAAGAGGAUGCAUUUCAUUUGCGUUCUGCCCAUUUGGAUGCAUUUCUUUGCCACAUGAUUCGGUCCGGAACUUUACCAUCACAACGUAAUUUCAGUUCGAAGAAGAAACAAAACUAAAGUAUGGAGAGCAGGCCAAAGAAAGAGGAGUCUUUAUAAUUAACUGUUGUGGAUUCGGCAGUAUCCCUUGCGAUCUUGGGAUCCAAAGACUGAAGAAGGAGUUCCCCGGGACGCUGGCUUAUGUGGAAGCCGUCGCUCAGAACAACCCUGGGCCUCAUGUAAGUCUACACUCUUUAUUUCUAGAGUAAAAUUUGUCACAGAGAAGUAAUUGCCUAAUCACUUGCAAAAAACUUAUAGGGCUACACAUUCAAUCACGGAACUUUUGACAGUGUCGUUUUGGCGAUGAAUGGAAUCGUGAGAAAUGAGCGCAAAAUCAAGGAAAUCCGAAGACAAAUCAUGCCGACGAAGCUCGCACAAACUGAUCAUGGCCCGGGAAAACGGUAAGCACCCCUUUUCAACCAGUAACUCAAAGAAAAUCAAUGAGGUUUUCAACCACUUUUUAUUUCCAGUUGCCCAGUUUCAAAAGAUCAAUACACCGGAAACUAUCUGCUACCUUUCCCAGGGACUGACCCCUACUGCUCGGAACUCACUCAAUACUACGAUGCCGUUGAGAACAACAAGUAUCCAGUCAAGAUCAGCACCUAUUGCGCCGUUCCAUCACUUUUCGCGGUCAUUGGAGUGGUCCCUAGGCUUAUGGCGGUCAUCGGACUAGCUCAAUUUGAUCGUACUAGGAAAUUUGUAUUGGAUAAUCCAGAGCUUUUCACCGCGGGGCUACUUUCAAAGGAAGGGCCGACUAGACAACAGGUUGCUACCGUAAGCAAAACUUUAAAAAUUUUUAGCGUUUCUGCAUGCUCUUAUACUACAGUGAGGGACCUGAUCCAGCAGCAAAAAAAGUACCAUUUUGCAUCCGGGAAGUAUCAAAAAUGUGGCAAAAUACUUCCCUCUUCAAGUGAAAAAACUUCGUUUUGAAGAGCGCGCGCGCCCUUUCCCACAGAAAAAGAGGAGCGCUUUUGAAAUAAGAGUUUUUUCGCUUGAAGAGUGAGGCAUUUUGCUAUAUUUUUGAUGCUUCCCAUAUGCAAAAUAGUACGUUUUUUGCCACAGGAUGAGGUCGCACAAUAAGAGCAGGAGCGCUUUUUCCACUGGAUCAUGUCCCCACUGUAUUUACCCACCCUUUUCAGAGCACAAUCACCUAUUACGUAUACGGCACCGGAUGGGCUGAGGACGAGCCUCAACCCUCAAAACAGCCCACCUUAAAACUAAAUGGGCGGGUUGAUGGGCCAGAUUUGGCGUAUGUUGCAACAGCCGGAUGUCUUUUAUCAGCUGCGGUAACCAUUCUUGAGGACAAGGACAUGAUGCCCAGAACGUAAGCCUUUUCAUUUUUUUGGCCUAGUCUAAUAUCCCAAGGCUAAAAGAUUAUUUUUCCAGUGGUGGCGCUUACAGCCCUGGCUGGGCUUUCAACAAUACCCGGAUCUGGGAGCGAUUGGAAAAGUUUGGAAUAACUUUUAGAACAUUCUAA